AUGGCCACAAACAACGCCGUUGCUGGCGCGGGCAACAUCCCCGGCGCGAGCAACGCGGAUCUGGUCCGGAUUCCCUGCAUUGUCUUCUUUGUCGUCACUCCCAUCUUUCUUGGUAUCCGGCUAUGGAACCGUGUGUCAAGACGGACGGGCCUUGGAUGGGAUGACUGGACAAUACUGGUGUCGUUUGCUUGCACCUUGGCAGUACAGAUCCUCAUGAUGCUAUCAUGCAACUAUGGAUUCGGCAAGCACAUCUACCAUCUGUCCAAACCGAAUAAGUUGAUGGCCCUCAAGCUGUUCUAUGUCGCCCAGAUCUUCUACAAGCUUACCAUCAACCUCACCAAGGCUUCAAUCCUGCUCCUGUAUCUCCGCAUCUUUGUCCAGAAAUGGUUCCGUAUCAGCUGCUACAGCAUGAUCGGGAUCGUCAUCGCCUACAUGAUUGCAACCACCGCGUCCGCCAUCUGGCAAUGCAAUCCCAUCUCCGGCGCCUGGGACAAGUCGAGCAACCCUACGUGCAUCAGCCUGACCAAGAACUGGUACGCCAACGCAGGCUACUCCAUCGCCACCGACGUUAUCAUCCUCUUGCUGCCCAUGCAGCCCAUCUGGUCGAGCAAGCUGCCGGUGAACCAGAAGAGGGCCUUGAUGCUGGUCUUUGCUCUUGGUGGCUUCGUCACCAUUACCUCGAUUCUGCGAGCAACGACGCUCAACUUUUCUACUACAAGCCCUGACAGUACUUACGACAUCACGUCUACCCUUUGGACAAUGAUUGAGGAGAAUGUAGCCAUCAUCUGCGCCUGUCUCCCCAUGUGCCGCAUCAUCCUCGCCUGGAUCUUCCCCAAGGCCUUUGCCAAUGCCUCGUCGGCGGCCACGGGUUCUCACGGGCCUACCUACACCUUCGGCCAGAAACGCAGCGCUGCCAACUCGCAAAACAGCGCCAACCGCGAGUGGAAGCCAUACUCGGGCCCGCAUGAAUCCAAUGGCAUGUCUCGAAGCGUCGUUCAGCACAGCGACGACACGAGCGAGGAGUUUAUCCUUACCUCGGUGCACAGCGUGAACAACAACACCACGAUCCAAGACGAUCAUGCGAUUCGCAAGACGACGCAGUACGCCGUCUCCUACGAGAGGGACCCCUACAACGGCCGCGCUUAA